AUGGAUAUCUUAACUGGUAAAUGGGUGUUUGAUCGCAAAUUGAACAAUAAGGGAGAGACAAUCCGGUUUAGAGCUCGCUGGGUGGUUAGGGGAUUCCUUCAACAGCAAGGAGUCCACUAUACAAAGUCGUACGCUGCGGUGGUAUCAGGACCCACGUCCCGGAGCUUAUUCGCGAUUUCAGCAGCAAAGGGGUGGAAAGCAAAGGCGAUCGACUACGUCUCCGCGUUCUUGAACGGCAUACUACCGCAGCACGAGAUGGUAUAUAUGCAACUGCCUACAGGGAUUAAGCACGGCAGGGGGGGCCUGGUUGGCCUGCUCCGCCAGAGCCUUUACGGGAUGAAGCAAGCAGCGAGGGUGUGGUAUUUCCUUGCGACGGAACACCUCACCACUCUAGGAUUCAAAAUCUCGCCGUACGAUGGCGGAUUCUUAUAUCACCCUAUUCGCAAGAUCUACCUGACAUUGCACGUCGAUGACUGUCGGGUAACGGGACCCCAAGAGCAGCAAUUAGACUGGAUAUUGGCAGAGAUUGCUAAAAGGUUUGAGACAAAGGAUGUCGAAGAGAACAAGCCCUACCUUGGAAUGGAAGUCAAACGUCAAAUGAACGGCGACCUAGCGGUUACCCAGAACCGUUAUAUCGAUGAGAUCCUUGAGGAUUUUGGAAUGGACAAGGUCAACCCGGCCAGCACGCCGAUGGCGGCCGGCAUACGCCUAGAAUUCUCACCAGAUGAAGAUAGCGGGUUAGAUGACGAUUUUACUGCUACUAGAUAUCGUCAAGGCUUAGGAUCGCUGCAGUAUUUGGUGUCAAGCAGCAGACCAGAUCUGGCAUUCGCGGUCAACUACCUCUCACGUUUCAACUCGCGUCCGCACAAGGAAUGCUGGGCAGCAUUAAAACACGUCCUACGCUACGUCAAGAAAACGAAGGAUCACGGAAUCCUAUACAAGAAGGAGAUGAUUGGGGGACUCAGUCCUGUCGCGUACAGCGACUCAGAUUGGGCAGGGGCAGACCCCCAAUACAAGUCAACUACAGGUUACAUUAUCCUGCUAAACGGAUCACCAAUCUCGUGGCGGUCGCAACGGCAGACCUCAGUUGCAAAAUCAACCACUGAGGCGGAGUAUAUCGCGGCAAGUGAGGCAGCGUGCGAAGUGAUCUGGCUGAAUGACAUGUUAUUUGAUGCUGGAUUAGUAGAAGGGAAAGCGAAGGUAUGCUCGCACCUGCGAGUUGACAACAAGGGCGCGAUAGAUCUAGCAAAAGGGGAGUCCUUGACAAGGAGGUCACGUCACAUCGAGAUCAGAUACCAUAUCCUUCGCGAUCUGGUUGAAAAAGGCGAAAUCAUGAUGGAACACGUUGGUUCUACGGCCAAUAUAGCUGACGGCCUCACCAAGCCACUGGCAAGGCCUGCCUUCGAAGAAUUUGUUAAGAGGAUUGGCUUAAUGGAAAUUGGCAAGAAGGGGUGA